UCCAGGUGGAGGUGCGCCUGUGGAGCAAGAGCUGUGGGCCCCGAUCAGCCAGCGCCUGCUGCCCCGGAGGUCCCCGAAGCGCGGGACAGUGCGGAAAUGGCCGCUGGCGUGAUCCGGCCCCUGUGCGACUUCCGGCUGCCCCUGCUGCGCCACCACCCCUUCCCGCCCUCAGAUCUGGAGCCCCCAGAGACUUCAGAGGAGGAGGAGGAGGAGGAGGAAGAGGAGGAGGAGGAGGAGCUGGAGGGUAAGGGGCUGGGGGGCCGCAGCCCGAUCCUCCCGAGCUCAGGCCGGGCAGAGGCCCCCGCGGAGGCAGCCCCUCAGGGUCCCAGCAGCGCCGAGACACCGCUGCAGCUGCUGCGUUUCUCAGAGCUCAUCAGCGACGACAUCCGGCGGUACUUUGGCCGCAAGGACAAGGGGCAGGACCCAGAUGCCUGCGACAUCUACGCCGACAGCCGCCCAGCCAGCGUCACUGCCCGGGAGCUCUACUACGCAGACCUGGUGCGCCUGGCCCGCGGCGGGGCCCUGGAGGACGAGGACACCCAGGAGCCCAGGGUCCCUCAGGGGCAGGUGCACAGGCCGGGCCUCAGCGGGGACGGGGCACAGCCCCUGGGACCACUGGCCGAGCUCUUUGACUAUGGGCUGCGGCGGUACUGGGGGCCCAGGGCGGCGGCCAGCUGGAGCCUGAGGCUGGAGCGGAAGUACGGCCAUAUCACCCCCAUGGCCCAGAGGAAGCUGCCCCCGUCCUUCUGGAAGGAGCCGACCCCCAGUCCCCUGGGCCUGCUGCACCCUGGCACGCCGGACUUCAGCGACCUGCUGGCCAGCUGGUCAGCCGAGGGCUGUCCUGAGCUGCCUGGUGGGGGAACCCCAGCCCUGGAAGGGGCACAGCCAGCUGAGGCCUAGUGAGGGUCAGGGUCGGAGUCAGCUGGCCGCAGCGGGGCUGUCCCCCGAGGUGAAAGACUUUCCUCCUGUCCUCCUGGGAAGAGCCUCCUCCAUCCCUCUUGGCCACCACAGGGCAAACCUAGACGCCACCAGGGCUGGGCUGCGGUGGGAGCAGCAAGGGUGGUGCCCAGACCUGGCCAUGCCCUGGCCUUCAGCCCCAGCAGAGCCCCUGGAGGGGCACAGGGACCCCCAGAGCCCUGCCCAAAGGAGACUUAGACUCGGGGGGCUCCACCCACCAGCAGCCCCCAGGGGAGGCUGAGGGGCCAGCCCCAGAGAUUCCAGGUCAGCGGCACGGGACAGUGGAGGACACUGCCCCCUGGGCUGGCCCUCCCACUGCCUGCUCGCCCUAGGGCUGGGUGGCCUGGGACCCGCAGCCCCUCCCCUGGGCCCCCACGCAGCAUGCGGCGGGGCCAGCAACCACAGGAUGAGCGAGGGCUUUCCUGGAGAGGCAGGAAGAGGACCACUGCCUGACCGAAAGAGCCAACAAGGGCUGUUUCCUCCCCAGAUGCUAGAAGGCGCUUCCCUGCAGGGGCACCGGGCUGGAGGGCCUUCGAGGCAGAGCAGGGAGCCUGAGGCAGGCCAGGCAGCUUCCCCGAGUCCUCCUCACAACCCAGGCAGGGGCAGCUCGUGGCGGGUUCUGGCGGGGACUGGCCUGGGUGCUUCUGUGCAAGCCCCGGCCCAGCCGCUUCCAUCCCAGGGGGCUCUGGCAGCCCUAGGGGGCCCGGCAGGGAGGGAGAGGGGCUGGAGUGCCAUGAAAAGCAAAGGCCUGCGGCCGGGCCGGGCCUCUCACCACAGGAAGGGUCAUGGGGGUUGAGGGACUGGGCCCCCCCAGGCUUGGGCAGCCCGCUGCCCGGGGCUUCAGCACCCCUUUCGGCACCACAGGCCCUGGGAAGGCCCCCCGGCAGGCAUCAGGGCACCUCAGCUCUAAUGAGAACAAGGCCAGCACGUUUACUUCUGGAUAAAGAGCAAGGGUGGGAGCUGCUGCACCUGCUCCCGGCUGUGGGGCUUCUUGGGGACCCCUCCUGGCCUCUGAUGGGCCCUGAGCUUUGUGAGAGACACCUUCCACUGCAGCCACCUGUCCAGAGAUGUGGCACGUGGCCCCUGCACUCCUGCCCCACUCCCCUUGGGACCCCCAACCCCGAACCCUGACCCAAAGGUCCAGGAGGCCGCUCGAGAAUCCCUGCUGCCCACCUCAUGGCCUGGUACACGCCCCAGCAGUUCACAGGUGCCACGUUGCCGGGCGCUACGUCCUUGAUGAAGACCCGCUGACUCGCCAGGGACGGAAGCGCCUUUCGGCUGCCCAGUGGUGCCUGAGGGCCCUUCUCACUCCACAGCCGCAGCACGGUCUCCCUCAGGGCAGCCACCUCCUGCGUGCGCUGUGGGAAGGGGAUGCCAGCGUCACCCCGGAGCCAGACCCCUGGGCAGCGGACGGCAAACAGGGGGCUUAUCUCCCACCUGGAGCCCAGAAGCCAUUGUCUUCAGGGAAACACUGCCCAGCGCCAGACGCUCAGACAGACAGAUGUGGGCGCCUGCCGUGGGGCAGGCGGGAAGGCAGCAGGGCUGAGGGAGUGGGUGGGUGCCGGGUGCUGGCAGCCCAGGGCCUCCUCACCAGCCGGGCCUCGCUGUUGAACUUGAGGUUCUGGAUGGUCUUGUUGGCCUGGA